CCCGGCCCCGACCCCGACCCCGGUCCUGGCUCUGACCGCGGCCCCGACAUGCUGUGCCACUGCGAGAGCCUGCUGAGCUCCCUGACGGCGCUGAUGGCGCUGGCGCUGGCGCUGAGCCGCAGCCCGGCGCUGGCCUGCCUGCUGCCGGCCGGGCUGUACCUGGCGCUGCACCUCCUGACCCUGGAGCCCGCGGCGCCCCAGAGCGCGCAGCGCGUCCUGCGGCCCCGCGGCGCCGCCGCCCGCAUCGCGCACCGCGGCGGCGCGCACGACGCGCCCGAGAACACGCUGGCGGCCAUCCGACAGGCAGCCAAGAAUGGAGCAACGGGUGUGGAGCUGGAUCUUGAAUUCAGUGCAGAUGGUGUCCCCAUUCUCAUGCAUGAUGACACAGUUGAAAGGACAACUGAUGGGGCUGGGAGACUGCAGGACCUGACUUUUGAGGAAAUCAGGAAGCUUAAUCCAUCUGCAAAACACAGGCUACGGAGCCAAUUCCCAGAUGAAAAGGUACCAACUCUGAAAGAAGCUGUGGUGGAGUCUAUGCAGCACAAUCUCACAAUCUACUUUGAUGUCAAAGGCCAUGCAAACCAGGCAGUUGAUGCCCUGAAAAAACUCUACCAAGAAUUUCCACAGCUGUAUAACAGCAGCAUAGUCUGUUCUUUCAUGCCAGAUGUUGUUUAUAAGAUGAGACAAGCUGACAGAAAUGUAGUGACAGCACUGACACACAGGCCCUGGCAGCUGAGUCACCUGGGAGAUGGGACACCCCGAUUCAGUUCCUUCUGGAAGCAUUUCUUGUACAUGGUGAUGGAUGUCAUUCUGGACUGGAGCCUGCACAGUUUCUUGUGGCGAUUGUGUGGGGUUUCAGCUUUCCUCAUACAGAAAAACUUUGUUUCUCAGGACUAUGUGAGGCACUGGUCUUCCAGAGGAAUUCGAGUGGUUGCCUGGACAGUGAACACGUUUGCAGAGAAAAACUACUACGAAAGUGUCCUUGACUGCAGCUACAUCACCGACAGCCUGGUGGAGGACUGUGACCCUCACUACUGAGCCAGCCCACCCCACUGCCCUCCAGGGGCAGCUCUGCAGCCAAGGGGGCAUCCAGCAGUGCCAGUGCAUGCUGAGGAGAGCUCUGGGAAACACAGAGCAGUUGGCUUCUGCCUGUGCUCACAUCUCAAAUGCAGGAACCCUCUGCUGCAGCCACGCACAGUCUGAGGAAAUUACUGUAAUGUGAAAGAAUCAGAUUUGACAACCUCCUUGGGUCAUACCUUGUCUAUGCAGGUGGCUUUAUAAUUCUCUGGCUAUUCCUUGGUUUUGUUUAAAUUUUGGUUCUAAAUUUAUGUCAGCAAUUUUGGUGUCAAAAUUUCAAAUCAUAACUUGACAUUGUAAUUUUAACAUGUUCUACAAGUGUGUACUAAUUUGAAGUUGAUUUAUAGCACCUUAAAACAGAAACUGGAAAUAAUGGUAUAAUGGUGCCAAAAUAGAAGAUGAGUUUAUUUCCCUGCCCUGCAUAGAAAGAUGGCUGUGCUGAAUCCUAAUGAGGAAGAAUAAGCCAACUUUCCAUGAGUGAUGUGAAGGUUGUGAGAAUUAACAAAUAAAACUUGAGUAGCUUCUUAUCUUCCAGACCUUUUAAGAGAACCAAGGGAGGAUAGGAAAUUGUUUCUUCUAAUGAAGAAAUGACACAGCACAUGAAUGUAUUUAUAUUUAAGAGAAAGCUAUAUAUUGCAUGCUGGUAAGCAGUAGAACAAAUGGAGCUGAAUUGCCUCUUUAGUUUGCCUUUGGUUGCAUGAUUGGAGGGUACUCAGAGGGAUAUGGAAACUGUAAUCCAGAUUUAACUUGAACUCCAAAGAAUCUGCAGUUACAAUAAAAAGUCUCUGAGAACUCA